AUGAGUCUGAGCAUUAAGAAUAAGGGGAAAGAAUUUAGUUUAGAAGAGCUCCAAAAAAAAAGAGAAGAACUUGGUCAUCAGGUAACUCUUAUAGAAAAUGAGAUUAACUCUAAAGAAAAAGAAAAAACAACGUUAAUUGAUUCAAGAAUUAAAGUAGAGACUGAAAUUUAUAAAAGACAACUUUAUCAAAGAAUAAUUAACGAAGAUGAGUUAGAGAGAGAAGUUAACUCUUUAAGAGGACUUAAAGAAAUGGAUAAAUAUAAUUCUAAAUUAAAUGAGCAAAUAAAUGAAUUAAAAGAACAGUACUCAAACAGUAAUUAUCUUCUUGAGAAGUUUAGAAAGGACAAAGAUAUUUCUGAAAAUUUGUUGAAAAAAACAGUAGAGGAAUGUGAUUUCUUUAUAAGAAGAUUUGACGAACAAUCACAAAUUGUUUCUUAUCAAGAGGUUUAUUUAAAACAUUUAAAUUCUAUUAAACAACUAUUAAUAAAACGUAUGAAUUUACCAAAAAAAACAAUAAUAGAAUCAGUUAUUCUUACAAGGAUAAUAAAAUAUAUGGGAGUUGCUGAUGAAUUAAAAAAGAUUAUGCUAAUAUCUAAAAGAUUUCAACAAGCUGUUUUAGCACGUCAUGUAAAUUUCUAUUUUUCAAGUGAAAAGAGAGAGUUUAUGAGAGAAUUAUUGUUGUUUCCAGUAAUACGUGAAUUGACAUGUGACAAUUAUUUUCUUGAUACUUUUUUAUUAGAAGAUAAAGGAAAUGAAAUUUUAGAACGAAUUAGAAACGUUGAAACUUUACGUCUUCGUGUUACUAUUCCAUUUACUUUUAAAUUUCGUGAUAUAUUACCAAAGGCUGAAGUUGUUGAUUUAACUAUUUCAAUGCAACAUUAUUCACCUGGGUGUAUUUCAGGGAAUAUAAAACUUAAAAUACUCAGACUUGACCUUCAACACACUACAUAUGAUAAUCAUCUUUUAAGUGCAAUUAAAGAAUUAGAAUCAUUAGAAUUAUUGGAAAAAGUAAUUAUUAAAGCACCACUAAGUGAUAUUACCUCUAAAUUAAAAGGAUUAAAAAUGAAAUCUAAUCCUGAAUUUGUGUUAAAAGCAAUGCUUGUAAAUGAAAGUACAAUAAAAGAAUUAAGAACAAUUGAAACUGAAAAAAUUACUGUAUGUGUUUGUGAUGAAAUAGUUGACAUUUCAGUAUUACCAUAUAUUACUAGAAAUAAAGUAGUUGAAGGUAAAAAUCAAUUAAGAUUUGUAUUAACGCCAACAGGACUAUUUCAAUUUGCUGCUAAUGAAACAUUAUUAAAUAAAACUAUUAUUGAAAAAAUGCUUCCAAAAAGUGUAGUAGUCUCUACAAGAAAACCAGAAGAAAGAAGAAUUAAUUAUAUAAGUGGAUAUGUUGACUAUAACUGGGAUAGUUUAGUAUCAAUAUCAUUUAACAAAAUUAAUUUUACUGAAAUAUUUCCACAUUUAGGAGAUAACUUAGAAUUAGUUAACUUUGUUGAAUGUGUAUUCCCAGAAAGUCUUUCUUUUCCAAAAAAAUUAAAUGCCUUAACUCUACAAAGGUGUUCUGGUGUUAAAAUUAUUCAUCUUCCAAAUUCUGUUAAAAUAGUUUCAUUAAAACAAAUACCUUCAUUAGAAUGUGUUUGUUUUGAUACAAAGGAUAUGAAUAUUCCUUUAUUAAAGAAUCUAGUAUUUGAAGGAUGUCCUUUUUUAGGCAAAACUGCUUUACCAUAUUCAUUAACAACACUAAAUGUUAUGGAUUGUAAAAAUUUUAAAAUUGUUAAUUGCUCUAAGAUUAAAUUAUUUAAUACUUCAAUAUGGGAAUAUCUUUUGAAGUAUGGAAUUGUUGAUUGA